AUGCCAGCCACGUACCCUUACCCACCUGAUCAUAACUCUUCUCCAUCUUCUCGACAUCGCGACAGGGACCGGCAUCAACACCGACGUCGGCAACCUCGUGUUGCCUCGGUGUCUUCGAGGCCGACCUCAGGACCAGCUACGGCUGCCCUCCCUACGAGAGCAAAUACAGGAAAUGCUCGGAAAUUGACCCCUUGGAUCCUACGGACCGACACAACCUCGCAUGGAUGCGCGGAUCUGUGGCUAUUUCGACCGUCCUCCUCACAACAUCAGCACCUGGUCUACCGUGAAGCACAAACUCGGCAUAGGACUGAAACCGCAACCGAAGAUUUGGGCACAGUCGUCCUGCCAAUUCUCCCAGGUCCAGUGCGCCGGUUCGGAUUCGAUGUAUCUGUAAUGACACUCUCGCCUGUCGUCCACACCCCUGGCGCGCAGCACUCAGAGCUCAGCUGGCCGGUCCUCGCAGCUCAAGGGUUCACAUUGCACGAGUUGCAUCAUGACCAUGAGCACGAUGUCACCUGGAGGCACUUGGAACGUGGCCAUGCCCAUCGUGCAGGCCGGCAUCGUCAUGCCAGCAAACGGACGAGCGUUAUCCGCCAUAGAAACAUCCCUGGCGUGGAUCUCCUGUGGACGGGGCAUGACCAGCGCGUGAGUCCCCAUACGUUCGUGCAUUUCACGGCGAUCGAGAUGGUCGAUCUUGAUGUAUGGAGUAGGGGCAUUGAGAUGGGUGUUGUGGGCAGGUGCGCUGAUGUGGACACGGAUAUGAAUGAUGUGCAUGAUAUUUAUGUGGGCGAUGGGAAUGUGGAUGGUCUUGGUGAUUUUACUGGUACUGGUGGCUUGAGAUCUACAGUCACAGUGGGCUGGGUAGACCCGGGCAACAGGGACAGUGAAGGGGAUGAGGACGACGGCAUAUUCGAGGCCAUUGUCCAAGGAGGGGCGAGGGCUGAGGUUCAGGCGUAG